CGGGCAGCCGCCAUUCUGGGGUUCGUUUAGAGGUUUGAAUUUUCUCGGAGAAAGACAGGCCUGCCACGAGGAAAACAGAAACAAGCCGCAGCUACAUCUAAGUCCUUGAAAGGAUCCUGAGAGGGGGGAAAGGGAAAACAGCAGCCACCAGCCCAACCACUUGUGUCUUCUGCCCCUACCCACCUAUCGUGCCCACCCCACCAGCCCACGCUGCUUGGGACUUGAAAUCUGUGGCCGAAGGACCGUCACCACAUAACUUGAAAAAUAAUCAACCACCUUCCCUUCCCAAACCCACCCAAUUUCACUCAUCCAGCGUUUCCUUUUUUGAUUUCCACUCAGAAUUUUUUUCUACGACCCCCCUCCCUAAAUGGAGUUGGGUGGGGGGGGAGUGAAUACUGAGUUGGCCUUUAUUUUUUAAGAGACUUUUUGAUCCAAUGAGGCCCCCCAAAUAAUUUGAGUUUUGGGUCCUGGUUGGUUGUUUUAUUUUUUUUCUCCAAAAUUUUACCCCCUCCCCCCUGAGCCCGAGGUGCUGACGUCGCAAAAAAAUUGGAUAAAACCAUAAUCAUGGGUUCAGGUCCCAUAGACCCCAAAGAGCUUCUUAAGGGCCUGGAUAGCUUCCUGAAUCGAGAUGGGGAAGUCAAGAGUGUGGAUGGGAUUUCCAAAAUCUUCAGCCUGAUGAAAGAAGCACGGAAGAUGGUGAGUCGAUGCACUUAUUUGAACAUUCUCCUGCAGACCCGUUCAUCAGAAAUACUGGUCAAGUUUAUUGAUGUUGGUGGCUACAAGCUUCUUAACAAUUGGCUGACAUAUUCAAAGACAACCAACAACAUUCCCCUCCUCCAGCAAAUUCUGCUGACCCUGCAGCACCUACCACUCACUGUGGACCACCUGAAGCAGAAUAACACCGCCAAACUGGUGAAGCAGUUAAGCAAGUCAAGUGAGGAUGAAGAGCUCCAAAAAUUGGCCUCAGUCCUUGUCAGCGACUGGAUGGCUGUCAUCCGCUCCCAGAGCAGUACCCAACCAGCUGAGAAAGAUAAGAAAAAACGUAAAGAAGAGAGCAAGAGUCGAGCCACUCCUCCUGAACGACCUUUGACUGAGGUGAAGGCUGAGACACGGGCUGAAGAGGCCCCAGAGAAGAAGAAGGAGAAACCCAAAUCUCUGCGAACCACAGCACCAAGUCAUGCCAAGUUCCGUUCCACUGGACUAGAGCUGGAGACACCAUCUUUGGUACCUGUGAAGAAGAACGCCAGCACCGUGGUAGUUUCCGACAAGUACAACCUCAAACCCAUACCCCUCAAGCGCCAGAGCGCCACGACUGCUCCAGGAGAUGCUGCCCCUCCUGCAGAGAAGAAGUAUAAGCCCCUCAACACAACACCCAAUGCCACCAAAGAGAUCAAAGUGAAGAUCAUUCCUCCACAGCCUAUGGAGGGCCUGGGAUUUCUGGAUGCUCUCAAUUCUGCGCCUGUUCCAGGCAUCAAAAUUAAAAAGAAGAAGAAGGUGCUGUCACCUACUGCUGCCAAGCCCAGCCCCUUUGAAGGGAAAACAAGCACAGAACCAAGUGCAGCCAAACCUUCUUCCCCAGAACCAGCGCCCCCUGCUGAGACAAUGGACAUAGACCGCCCAGGCACCCCAGUGCCACCUGUUGAAGUCCCCGAGCUUAUGGAUACAGCCUCUUUGGAGCCAGGAGCUCUGGAUGCAAAGCCAGUAGAAAGCCCUGGAGAUCCUAGCCAGCUGACCCGGAAGGGAAGGAAAAGGAAAACUGUGACAUGGCCUGAGGAGGGCAAACUGAGAGAAUAUUUCUAUUUUGAACUGGAUGAAACUGAACGAGUAAAUGUAAACAAAAUCAAGGACUUUGGUGAGGCAGCUAAAAGAGAGAUACUGUCAGACCGACAUGCAUUUGAGACGGCCCGCCGUCUAAGCCAUGACAACAUGGAAGAGAAGGUGCCCUGGGUGUGCCCUAGGCCCCUGGUUCUGCCCUCACCUCUUGUCACCCCUGGAAGCAACAGCCAAGAGCGAUACAUCCAGGCUGAGCGGGAGAAAGGGAUCCUUCAGGAGCUCUUCCUGAACAAGGAGAGUCCUCAUGAGCCUGAUCCUGAGCCCUAUGAGCCCAUACCUCCUAAACUCAUCCCACUAGAUGAGGAAUGUUCCAUGGAUGAGACCCCAUAUGUUGAAACCCUGGAGCCCGGGGGGUCAGGUGGCUCACCUGAUGGGGCCGGAGGCUCCAAGCUACCUCCUGUUCUAGCCAAUCUUAUGGGAAGCAUGGGUGCUGGGAAGAGUCCCCAGGGGCCUGGAGGAGGAGGCAUCAAUGUCCAGGAGAUCCUUACCUCCAUCAUGGGCAGCCCAAACAGUCAUCCUUCAGAGGAAUUACUGAAACAGCCAGACUAUUCAGACAAGAUCAAGCAGAUGUUGGUGCCACACGGACUUCUAGGUCCUGGUCCAAUAGCCAAUGGUUUCCCACCAGGAGGCCCUGGGGGUCCCAAAGGCAUGCAGCACUUCCCCCCUGGGCCUGGGGGACCUAUGCCAGGUCCCCAUGGAGGCCCUGGUGGACCAGUGGGUCCACGUCUUCUGGGUCCCCCACCCCCUCCCAGGGGUGGUGAUCCCUUCUGGGAUGGUCCAGGUGACCCCAUGCGGGGUGGCCCAAUGCGAGGGGGUCCAGGACCAGGUCCUGGACCAUAUCAUAGAGGCCGAGGUGGCCGAGGAGGAAAUGAGCCACCACCACCACCACUUCCGUUCCGAGGGGCCAGAGGAGGUCGCUCUGGAGGAGGACCUCCAAAUGGACGAGGGGGCCCGGGUGGGGGUAUGGUUGGAGGUGGUGGGCAUCGUCCUCAUGAAGGCCCUGGUGGGAGCAUGGGCAGCAGCAGUGGACAUCGUCCCCAUGAAGGCCCUGGCAGUGGCAUGGGUGGUGGCAGUGGACAUCGUCCUCAUGAAGGCCCUGGUGGAGGAAUGGGCAGUAGUCAUCGUCCCCAUGAAGGCCCUGGUGGAGGAAUGGGCAGUGGACAUCGUCCUCAUGAAGGCCCUGGCGGUGGCAUGGGUGGUGGCAGUGGACAUCGCCCCCAUGAAGGCCCUGGAGGAGGAAUGGGUGCCAGUGGUGGACAUCGCCCGCAUGAAGGCCCUGGUGGGAGCAUGGGUGGAAGUGGUGGACAUCGUCCCCAUGAAGGCCCUGGACACGGGGGACCCCAUGGCCACCGGCCACAUGAUGUUCCUGGUCACCGAGGCCAUGACCAUCGAGGGCCACCUCCUCAUGAGCACCGUGGCCAUGAUGGCCCUGGCCAUGGGGGAGGAGGCCACCGAGGGCACGAUGGAGGCCACAGUCAUGGAGGAGAUAUGUCAAACCGACCUGUCUGUCGACAUUUCAUGAUGAAGGGCAACUGCCGCUAUGAGAACAACUGUGCCUUCUAUCACCCGGGUGUCAAUGGGCCCCCCCUGCCCUAGGGACCACCUGCCUACCCUACCCACAUGCCCCCCUGUGGACUGCAGCCUUGCUCCUUCCACCCUGUUAUGGCUUCUGUGAGGCCCAAUUUCCCCCUUCCCCAGCUGAUGAGGAGCCGGCCCCCUCAGUUCCCACCUGCUUGGGUUCUUGGGGGUUUUCUGAUCACUGGUGCGCAUUGAUGUACAUAUUUUCCUCCAGUCUGGGAGGAGAGAGACUGGACACAUUCUGUAACCUGGACUGCUGAAGAGGAGACCCAGUUGGCUUCAUUUUAUGAGGAGAUUUGCCCUGUGUCCCAAACCCCUUUCCAGUAUUACCCCUAAUGCCUGAGAACCUAAAGCUGGUUAUCCUGGAGAACACCUCUACUCUCCUAUUGUGGGUCCUCCACAUGCACACAGAACUCAGACAUGGGAUCCACUGCACUUAGGAAAUCAUCCCAGCCAAGUUCAUUAUUCCUCAUGGGGUGGGGUGAUGGUAGGGGUAUUAUGUAUCCCACUGCACUGAGAGGGCUCAAUCAAGCUGGAUUUGAGUUCUGGAAUAUACCAUCCCCGCUCCUGUUCCAACUUGGGCUUUAGAGUUCUGUCUCAAGACACAACUUUUUGUUUCUACACCCAAGUUUACAUCAUGUGUCUGCUAGGUUCGAUGAUGGCAACUUCAUAUCUGCAUCCAUCCAGUGAAAGUUUUAUCUGGCAGAGGUGUGGCUGGUGAUGUCGGUCUGCCUCUGCCAACCUGCUGUUCUGGAGACUUCAUAAAACACUUCAGUGAGACCAGCUUUUCAUCAACUUAAGCCCACUAUGCUGGGCCUGACAGUCACACUACAUGCACUGCCUUUGGGAGUUUGCUUGCUCCUUACCCCACUUGGAACCUUGUCAGUGUGAGGCUUCCAAAAAUCUUGCCCUGUCAGCCACCUCUGAAUGAAUCCCCACCAGGUGAUUUCCUGGGUGGAUUCAGUAAGAUGAUUUUUGCCCCUUCCCAGUUCUUUCCUUCACCUGUCUUGGCAUCAGUUGUUUUCUAUGAAAACAGUGGAUUGGUUGGGUUUUGUGCAGGGUCUUGGGUUAGAGCCACAAUGGAUUUGAGGAUGAGUAUUUCUUUUUCUUUUGGUUUUGUAUAUUUUGUACAUUAAUAAUAAACAGUGGAAAUAGAAGCAGCUUAUUUAA